CUCGUUGCAUUACCCGCUGCCAUUGCCCUUUGGUUCAGUGCCGUCUCGAGUCAAGUCCGCGAGCCGUAUCUCGAUGAAGUUUUUCAUGUCGGUCAGGUCCAACAAUACUGUCGUGGUAACUACUGGCACUGGGAUCCCAAAAUAACAACUCCACCUGGUCUCUAUGUCUUCUCCUUCAUUUUUUAUAAAAUCACUGGCCGAUGUGACCUGGAUGCUCUGAGAUUCAUCAACGCUCUUUCCCUUUUCGCCAUUCACUCUGCUCUCAACAUCUGCCUGUUUCCACCUCUGUUCUUCUUCUGCGCUCUCUACUACACCGAUGUUGCAUCUACCCUGAGCGUCCUCCUGUUCACACGGCAUUUGAUCGAGAACAACUCUCGUGGCCCAAGUACCUUUUUCCAGGCUUGUGUGUCAAUUCUUCUGGCCAUCGUUUCUCUCUCCUUUCGCCAAACUAACAUUUUCUGGGUGGGUGUCUUUCCGAUCGCUUUACUCGCACUCGGCGCUCUACACAAGCAUGUUGAGUCCACCAGACCAGGUAGUGGCAAGUCUGUCGUCCUGCAUGCUUGGGCCAAUGCCACUUUCUAUGAUCCUCAAAUGCGUGAUGCUAUGCUGAAUGAUUUCUGGCUUACCUGCAUCUCUACUGUCACAUUGGUUUUGCGUGCUUUGUACUUUCCCCGUACAUUGCUCAAGAUCUUGCGACUAGUGUGGCCAUAUAUCAUAGUACUCGGGCUCUUUGGCUCCUUCGUUCUUUGGAACGGCUCAGUCGUCCUCGGUGACAAAGGAAAUCAUGUUGCCACGCUGCACCUGCCACAGAUGCUCUACAUCUGGGCAUACACGAGCUUCUUCUCGAUUGGUCUCACCUACCCCUUUGUCGCACAAGGACUGCUCUCCGUCUUUGCAGCCAUUCCAAUCGCCGCCGUGAUGGAGCCGCUAUUAAUCUUCGGCAGACAAAAGUUUCUACCACGACCUGCAGUCCUCUUCGGUUUCGUCCUGGUCAUGACAGUGACGAUAAAGUUCAACACCAUCGUACAUCCUUUUACUCUUGCCGACAACAGACACUUUACCUUCUACGUCUUCCGCUAUCUGCUCGCAUACCCCUUUAUCAAGUACCUCGCCAUACCCGUGUACAUGUCCUGCGCGUGGUCGGUCCUGCAAGCCCUCGGCGCACCCGCUCAAAUGUGCGAAAUCAAAGAAGACGAAAAGGACGAUGGCAAAGGCAUUGCAUCAGGAAAACCACAGAGUGAAUCAGAAGACGACGGCCAAGGCCAACUUCUCCGCCUCAACGACGCACCCUUUGGUGAGGGCAGCACCAUCGGUUUCGUCCUCGUCUGGAUCGGCGUAUCUGCCCUCCAACUCAUCACUGCACCUCUAGUGGAACCUCGCUACUUCAUCCUACCAUGGAUCAUGUGGCGCCUACGCGUUCCCCAAUCUCACCCCGGAGCUUCACUCACCACCAGACCCACACAUAAGAAUUGGAAACAGUGUUGGGGCAAUUGGUUUUACAUUGUCCUUUGGGCUGAGCAUGAUCAUAGGCUGUAUCUCGAGACUCUGUGGUUUGGACUUAUCAAUGUGGUUGUGGGAUAUAUCUUCUUGAACUGGGGCUUUGAGUGGCCGCAGGAGCCUGGCAAGACACAGAGGUUCAUGUGGUAG